AAUCAGGGACAGCCACAUAUGUCACUCAAGAGAGACGUUGUCUCGCCAUGUGGCUCACUACAACAAUUUCAAUGUAAUUUAUUUUUACGACAUUUUAUCUAGUGUUUAUUUUAUAACAAUAUAGGGCCCGUAAGAAGACUGAACACAAGCAUCGAGUCAGUGGUUGACAUGUGCAUUAGCUCCGGUCCAGUCCAGUCCAUUGCAGUGCUGAGCCCUUAAGCCACGUUCAACCCCCCCACUGAGCUGGUUGUUCACAAACUACUGGUCACUGCUAGGGGAAGGGAAGACCGGGAAGGUCACAGGGUUUUGUCCCCACCAUGGACAGUAUGCUAGAGAAUCUGUCAAAAACUGAGUUUAUCAGCAUUUGUGUUCGUGAUCCAAGGCUUCAUAAAGAUCACCUCUGGCAGACACAUCUCGACUACGAGAUUUGUUUACAAACCAAUAGCAUGUGUUUUCGAAAGAAGACUUCCUGUGUAAGGCGGCGUUACAGUGAGUUUGUUUGGCUGCGUGACGGUCUGGAACAGAAUGCUCCGAUCAUGGAGUUGCCCAACUUGCCGCCCAGGAACCUGUUCUUCAGUCCGGGGAACAAAGAGCAGGUCUUGCAGAGGAUGAAGGGCUUCCAGGAGUUUUUAGAAAAUGUUGUUCAAAUACCUUUGUUGUUAUCGGAUAGUCGACUCCACCUGUUCCUGCAGUCAGACCUCAGCGUCACAAAGAUGGCAAAGUGUGCGUCUGGUAAGACCAGGUACACAGUGGCUGAAGCCAUACAGCGUUCCGGCAGCGGUUGCAUCAGCAGACUAGAAGACAAGGCCUCCUUUGACUCUGACUGUGAAAGCUGUUCUUCGUCAGGCUUGGGAGGAAGUGUGGACACUCCAGUGCGAUGAAGCCCCGCCCCCUUCCUCGAGAUACUCCAUGGAGCUCUUGAUUUUCUUAACUUUCCUUCCAAAGAACAUGUUUUACCAUUCAUUAUUCCCCUAGACAUUUGUGUUUUAAUAAUGUGCUUUAGUUUUCUCUUAAAGCAAAACCAUAGUAAUUUAAUUCAGUGUGUCUUGUAAAAAAGAUCAAGUUUUAUGUAUACAUUUUUAUUUGCACUGAAGCUGUACGGAGGUUAGCAGGGAU